AUGGCCAAAGCUCAGAAUUCCAUCCAGUUCUCCCAGAUUGGGAAAGGGGUCCAAACAUGUUGUUGUGCUUCACAUAUUCACACAGUCAAGCCUCAUGGUGAAGCUAUAAUGCAAAAUGUUAAGCUGAAGAAGUUGGCCAACCUGGUGAGCAAUGUGUAUGAUGAAGAGGAGGUUAAAAUAGGAGGGAAUCGAGACCCUUUUGAGAUCCAGGUGACAAUAGGCUGUGAGCUGCAGUCUGAGGAAACCUCAGUGGGCUUUGCCCAGCUAGCUUAUCAAGGAACUGAUUUACUGAGCUUGGAGAACAAUUUGUGUUUGCCAUCUCCACAGGCUGGUAGUAGAGCCCAGCAUGUUUGCAGACAGUUUGAUCUUUAUAAAUUUUUUAUGGAAACAGUACACAAAUUCAUCAGUGACACCUGUCCACAUUUUAUUUGGGGACUUCUUGAUGCAGGCAAGGAAGAUCUCCGACAGUUGAAGCCUGAAGCCUGGCUCUCCAGUGGCUCCAAUCCUGGUCCUUGUCUUCUGCUGCUGGUCUGCCGUGUGUCUGGCUUCUACCCAAAGCCUGUGCUGGUGACGUGGAUGCGGGGUAACCAGGAGCAGCCUGGCACUGAACGAAGUGAUGUCCUGCCCAAUGCUGAUGGCACGUGGUAUCUCAGAGUAACCCUGGAGGUGACAGCUGGAGAGGCGGCCGGCCUGUCCUGUCGAGUGCAGCACAGCAGUCUGGGAGACCAGGACAUCAUCCUUCACUGGGGUGAGGAAGAAGCGUCAAAUUCCAUCGGCUUCAUUCUCCUGGCAGUGAUACUGGUCCUGGCUCUUCUGGCUGGUCUUGUGUUUUGGUUAAGAAAGCUCUGGUUGGCAGAUUCUUCUCCUUAG